CCGCAGUGCUGCCGCUGUCAGAGCCGCUGGGGAAGAGUUUGAGUUUUGAGAUUCAGCCCGACUUUCUUUAGCUUUAGCUUUAGCCUUAGCCUUAGCUUUACCCUUAGCUUUACCCUUAGCUUGAGCCUUAGCAUUAGCAUUAGCCUUAGCCUUAGCCUCAGCCGUCGCUCUCGCCGCUGAACGUCAAAGGUUGAAGCCUCGGCAGCCUUUUAGCCUCUUAGCUCUCCACUGCGGAUGCUACCGACUUCGCAACGCUUCUGGACUGAACACCGACUCUGAGGACACCAGACUGGCGGCGAUAAGUUGAUCGAAAGCUGCACAGCACAGCUGGUCUCUCCUGUCCUCCUGAUGCCCGCAGCCUGAGCCCGACGUGCCCUCCUCGCGCCGGUUGCCCAGAAGAGUGAAGGGUGCACCGCCAUGGCAGGGAAAGCAGGGGACAACCCGGACAGCCUGAUGGCUCUGUGCACAGUGUUCUGUCUGAAGAACCUCAGAAGAACCAUGUGCUACACAGGGGUCCGGAACAGGCUCUAUCUGCGUCCAGAUGUGUUCUUGCCCAGCGAAAUCUGCGAUAAGCUGGUCAAUGUGUACAUGGAGCUGGUUCACACAGACAGCAACUUUGUGCCGCAGGAUGGCUUCUUCCAGCUUUUCUUCGACCCCCGCAGCACCAGGCUGACCCGUCUUCAGCUCAAGGGGGACUUUGUGCGGGAUAAAGACUUGGAGGCGAUCGGGAAACAGGACCUGAUUGAGCUAAACCUGACGUCCUGUAAUCACCUGAGUGCCCGCAGCCUCCAGACACUCUCCAGCUUCAAACACACCCUGGUGUCCCUCAACCUCUUUGGCUGUGCAAACAUCUUCUUCCACAAGACGAGAGCUCCACUGGCCCGUGGUGAGGAUGAUGAUGAGGAAGAGCACCUGCCGAGACACGCUGUGGACUCUGACUUUACAUUCCAGGGCUUUAACAGACUGCGGCUGUUAAAUCUGGGAAAUUUGCCAGCAGAGGUGGAUGUUGAGGUUCUGCUGAAGCCCCUCCCAGCCCUCACCUCUCUGGACUUGUCUGGAGUUUAUCUGGCUCGGCCGGCCUUCCUGGCACAGUGGAGGGACCGGUUGGCUUCUCUGGUACUCUACAAUGUUGACCUUUCAGAAGACCUCAUCAGCACUGUUGUGCAGAUAAGCAGGUUAAGGCACUUGGAUAUCUCUCGGGAGAACCAGCGCAAUUCCAAGUUCAAAAUGACGAAGAAGAUCUUGACGAGCAUCGUGCGAGGCCUGGGGAGCCUGGUCUCACUGGACAUCUCAGGUCACAUCAUGCUGGACAACUGUACCAUGCCUCAAAUUGAGGAGGCCAUGGGACCUCCCAGCAUUGAGCCGUGUAAGAGCAGUAUCUAUCCCUUCCAGGAGCUGAAAAGGCCCCUACAGUUUUUGGGCUUGUACAACACCACACUCUGUAAUGUCACACACAUCCCUGCAUACAAGGUGACGGGCUCUAAGAAUGAAGACCAAGUGCUGAAUGCAAUAGAAGCUUACACUGAGUACCGUCCUGAACUGGCACACAGAGCCAUCAACCAGCUGUUUGACAUUGCGAGGAUACAACAUUGCAACCAGCUACUCCGAGCACUACAGUUGGUAAUAGCAGCGUUGAAAUGUCAUAAGUAUGAUAAGAGUAUCCAAGUGACGGGCAGUGCUGCUCUUUUCUACCUGACCAACACGGAGUACCGUAACGAUCAGAGCGUGCGGCUGCGCCGGCAGGUCAUAGAGGUUGUGCUCAAUGGCAUGGAACAGUACCAGGAGGUCACGGUCCAGAGGAAUUGCUGUCUCACUCUGUGUAACUUCAGUAUUCCUGAGGAGCUGGAGUUUCAGUACCAUCGGGUUAAUCUGCUGCUGCUGAAGAUUCUGGAGCCAGCCCGGCAAGAUGAGUCCAUCCAGCGCAUCGCUGUGCACCUCUGCAAUGCCCUCGUCUGCCAGGUCGACAACGACCACAAAGAGGCUGUUGGAAAGAUGGGAUUUGUUAAGACCAUGCUGAAUUUAAUAAAGAAGAAGCUACAGGACAGAUUGUGUGAUCAGGUGAUGGAGUUCUCGUGGAGCGCUCUGUGGAACAUCACAGACGAGACGCCGGAUAACUGCGAGAUGUUCCUCAACUGCAGUGGCAUGGAUCUGUUCCUAGAGUGCCUGCAGGAGUUUCCAGACAAACAGGAGCUGCAUCGCAACAUGCUGGGACUGCUGGGUAAUGUGGCGGAGGUGAAAGCGCUCAGACCUCAGUUGCUCACCAGCCAGUUCAUCUCCGUUUUCAGUAACUUGUUGGACAGCAAGGCGGACGGUAUCGAGGUGUCAUAUAAUGCCUGCGGCGUUCUGUCCCAUAUCAUGUUUGACGGGCCCGAGGCGUGGACCAUAGAGGACCCUGAAAGAGUAUGGGUCAUGGACAAAAUGUGGGAUGCCAUCCAGAGCUGGGACAUUAGUUCUCGUCGCAACAUCAACUACAGGUCAUUUGAGCCCAUUCUGCGUCUCCUUCCUCAGAGCAUAUCUCCGGUCAGCCAACACUGGGCCACUUGGGCACUCUACAACCUGGUGUCUGUAUACCCCAGCAAGUAUUGUCCAUUAUUAGUAAAGGAGGGAGGCAUCGCGCUCUUGGAGAAAGUUAUAGAGCUGGAGUCUUCUCAUGAGGAAACCAAGGACAUGGCACGCAAAGUAAUGGAGCAGUGUGAGAAUUUUAAGGAGGAUCCCAUGGACACGAGCAGGUAAACGCUGAGGACCAGGAGGCCUCACUCCCAUCACCACCAAGUCCACCUUAAAAGAGUGUGGACGGCUGACCCUCCUAGGAUGUUUUUGCGCGUCUCCUCUCUGCAGUUUAAUGUGUGUGCUGGCGGCAGGGUGGCUGGGCAACUCUCUCUCUCUCUCUCUCUCUCUCUCUCUCUCUCUCUCUCUCUCUCUCUCUCUCUCUCUCUCU